GUCUACAGGGGUAAUCCCAGGAUGGUGGAUGGGGAAAGGAGGAUGAGAUCAAAACAGAGAAAUGCUGAGGAUAAAAUAAUUUUUUUUUUGGCUCUUUAUACAUUUUCAACCAUGAACUGCGCUAACCCCAGUUAAUGCGUCUGGUUGGAUUCGAGUGCUUUAGGCUUUUGUGUGUCUACGUGGUGAGAAACAUAGAUAUGAGAGUAUAGAUCUGUCAUGAGAAACCUUUCUAGUAAAUCUCUAUUGCAUAUCUACCAUCUGCUAAGUUAAUCAAAUCAUCUCUGUUGCAUGUCUACAAAAAACCGUGCUUACUCAUGAAAAAGUCUAUCCUAUGUUUUCUGUCUCAUUCUUGUUUAUUUCAAUUGGUUCAGGUCCCGUCUGACGUAUCUGCGCAGGAUAACCAGACUGAAGACCAGGAAGAAGGUACUGGAACCGACUCUGCCCCAUCAUCUUCAAAAAUGAUCAGCUUUGAACUUUCCAAUGGUGACCCGUUUGGUCCCAAUGUUCCUGCAUCAAUAGAUGAUGAUGACUAUGUGGAAUACUCACUUGAUAGUUUGGCAGAUUUUCCUAGUAAUGUCGAGGAAGAAGAAAGGAUAUUAAUGAAAGCAGUACUCGAGUCUUUAAAAGACUUGGAGGUAAAACCUCCCCCUGCCGAGCAAGUGUCCUCAAAAGUUGUCGAAGAACUUCCUCAACCUUUGCAGGACAGUAAAGAGGAGUCAGCUUCUACAAAGCAAUGUACUCCAUCGAAAGAAAUUAGUGCUAGUGCCAUAUUUUCUAAUGGACAUGAUUCAGACGCCAAAGUCCAAAUUCAAGAUACUGAUAAAGUAUCAGCAACUCCAGCUAACAGUACUUUAUUGGCAAAAGAAGUGAAAAGCAAUGGGGCGUCUUCUCAUCGUGACACGUCCAUCAGCAAUCAAAGUUCGUUCAAUGUUGACGUGGUUGAUGGUACUAAAGCCACUGUGACCGUUGUAAAGAACCCAACAAGUAAUAUCAUGGAUGGUUUGUUGCGUCGUUGGGAUCUCAACUUCUUCAAGAACAGAUAAUGGUUAGAGGAUUGACUUUUUU